AUGACCAACAAAGGCAACGUUCUUCUCACAGGUGGCUCGGGCUUCAUUGCCUCGCAUGUCCUAGAUAUCCUCUUAGACCAUGGAUACGCCGUCGUGACAACGGUCCGCACAGCCGGCAAGGGAAAAGCGGUGCUGGCGUCACUUCCCGAGGCACGAAGGCACCUUGUGUCGUUUUCUCUCGUCGACGACGUUGCAAGGGAGGGUGCCUUCGACAACGUCCUCCAAAGCAGCCAGUUCGACUUUGUCAUCCACACUGCCUCGCCGUACCAGCUGCGCGUCGAAGAUCUUGUGCGUGACCUCUUGGACCCAGCCCUGCGCGGAACGACCGGUCUCCUGCGGUCCGUCCAGACGCUGGCGCCGUCGGUGCGUCGCGUGGUGCUGACUUCGUCGUCGGCCGCGAUGCUCAACCCUGCGCACCAUGCUGCCGUGUAUGACGAGUCCUGCUGGCGACCAAUGACGUGGGCCGAGGCACAGCUUCCGCACAAUGCGUACGAGGCAAGCAAAGUGUUUGCCGAGCGGGCAGCGUGGGCGCUGGUCAAUGGAAGCGACGACGUGGAGACGGCGACGGAGACGAAAACGACCGGCGGUGGCAGCCGGGCGACGUCGUUUGACCUUGCCGUGAUCAACUGCACAUACACAUUUGGGCCGGUCCAGCGAUGGCUCGCCAGUUCGGACGCCGUCAAUGCAUCCAACCAGCGGAUCCGGGAUUGUGUGCUGGGGCUGUGGAAGACGGCCCACGGGAACGGAGCUGCCCAAGUGCCGCCCACGCGCCCCGUCUUCACGUGGGUGGACGUCCGCGAUGUGGCGCUGGCGCAUGUGCGCGCAAUACAAGUCCCCAGCGCCGGUGGACAGCGCUUCUAUGUCGUUGGUGGGCACUUUAGCAAUGGGCAGCUAGCGAACAUUGUGCGAGAAGGCUGGAUGCAGGCGGGCGGCGAGAGGGCCGCCAUGGCUGCCGCACGUCUCCCAUCCGCAGAGGAGACGCCUGACGACCUGCCGGCGGACGUCUACCAGUUUGACAACCGGCGAUCACGGGACGUGUUGGAGUUGCAGGAGUACCGCAGUCUGACCGAGAGUGUGCUCGACACGGCAGACUCGUUGCUGGCGUUGGAUGCGAGAUGUGGUGACCGAACAUGA